CUGAAGGUCAUGGCGCGGUGUGUGACUACCAUGUCUUGCGCGCUAAAAAUGGUAUCUCCCAAAUCACUCGGUCUCAUAGUUAUCGGUGACGAAAUACUGAAUGGAAAAGCGAAAGAUUCCAAUUCACGACAAGUGUGCCUCACUGCCCCGCUUUUUGGUGUACGACUUCGGAAGAUUUCUGUUAUUCCCGAUGACUCAGAUGCGAUCGCAGAGGAAGUUCGCGACUAUAUGAACCGUUACGACUUCGUAAUAACAUCGGGGGGCAUAGGUUCUACUCACGAUGAUGUGACAUAUGAAGGUGUUGCAAAGGCACUAAAUGAAAAGAUUAUCAUUCAUCCAAAGUUCUUACAAACUCUCAGGAGACUAUCAGAACCGAACAUGGUUUCCUCUUCAGACCCCAUAACCAAACUUGCCAAAAUACCGGAGUCAUCUGAAUUACUAUAUGCAACAGGAAUCCAGAUGGAUAGUGAAAGCUCUUAUCCUAUUGUCAAAGUGAAAAAUAUCUUCAUUUUACCAGGAGUUCCAUGCUUAUUUAAUAUGGCACUAGAGAUAAUUAAGGACCAUAUCCGAGAUCCCAAUGUGAUAUUCUUUCAUCAUUCCUUAUAUCUUACCACUAUGGAAACUGAAAUAGCGAAGGAUUUGUCCCAAUUAGCCGAAAAAUAUCAAGGUUUAGUCAGUAUUGGAUCUUAUCCUGCAUUUCAUAACAACUAUUAUCGUGUUCGAAUAGCCUUUGAUUCACUUGAAGAAAAUACUCUGAAGUUGGCUUAUGAAGAAUCUGAACGCCUAUUUAAAGACUACAUUAUAAGGUAUAAUCCAUAUCCAAUCAAUAAAGCUGAUGAAGAAGUUUAUAAAUUAUGUAAGCAGGCAGAAUCGAGUUUGGGUAAACGUGUAGCUAAAUCUUUGCAGUUAAUAGAAGAAGUACUGAAUAAAUACAGUGAUUCUGAGCUGGUUAUAUGUUUUAAUGGUGGUAAAGAUUGCACAGCGUUACUUCAUUUAAUCCAUGCUGCAAUUCAACAUCAAAGUCAUAAUAAUAACAACCAUUCGGAAAAUAUAAAACCUACAAGAUUACCGAAACUUUUAUAUAUUCGUUCAUGUUCUACUUUUCCAGAAAUCGAACUAUUUGUUGAAAAAACAGUUGAUGUGUAUUAUUCAUUAUGGAGUAAAAUCUCACGACCAGAUUUAAAACAAUAUGAACAGCGACAAACCGAUGUAAAUUCACAGUCUUCAUCGUGCUCAAUGGAUAGUAGCGUAUUUAUAUAUGAGGGAUCUAUUCAAAGUGCAUUGGAAAGAUUUUUAGGGGAUUAUCCUGAAAUAAAAGGUGCCUUCAUGGGUACAAGAUAUACAGAUCCUGGAGCAUGUGAGUAUCGUUAUUCCUUUUUGACUUAUUUCAUUUUUUUAUUGCCCGUUCUUUUGUUACAAAUAGAUAAAUGUUUCAAGAAAUCUAGUUUUCUCAAGAAGAGAUCAGAUAAAAAACAAGAUGAACAAGGUAGCAUUUCCUCUCAAUUGGCUUCUCAUUAGGACUGUACACUAGUAUUACAAGUCGUAUUCAGUUACCUCAGUUACCUCACAAACAACUCCAUGUAUUUGAUAGUGAAAUAGUCUCGAGCGAAGUGAAUCUCCUCCCGGAAUUCUUACCACACCAUGGUCACAGAAUAAGACGUUUUCAUUGGUCUGUCCCAAUUGCUUUUAGAAAGAUUAGUACUGUAACUUUACUCUUGAAUUUGCUGUUUUUUUGUCUUAACUUACCCCUCUCUGAUUGACCUAUCUAGCUGAGCAGGGCGUGUUGACAGUAAUCUCCCAGCUAACAUAACUCGAUGAAGCUUUCUCAGCUGGUUGGUUUGAUCAGUAUGUCAAUAUACUAGCCGUAGUUAAGAAUUUCAUUAGACACUGAAACACACCUAUCUUUCAGUUUAUUUAAUUAUGCAUUCCCAAGUGCAUGUUUAUAAUAUAACCUGCGUCAUUCUCUUGUGAUCACAUUUUGGCGAAUCAGAUAAGAUAAUAAUGUUUAAAAACUCGUCCUCUAUGUUCACUAAUUGUUUGCUGACUACUUUGCAAGUUAAGUUGUACGAAUAGCUAUUGUGUUGACUAUGGUACUAAUAUAUUUCAGAUAAUAAUGGGUUUCAUUGUCUAACUGUUAUCUUCUACGUAGACAAAAUGUCUCAUAUGGUAAUGUCAGAUCCUGGUUGGCCUCAAAUUCUUCGGAUCAAUCCACUCUUAGAGUGGACAUACUCUGAUGUAUGGAAUUUUCUCCGAUCUCUUUCACUUCCAUACUGCAGUCUGUAUGACGCCGGAUACACAUCAAUUGGAAGUAUGGAAGAUACUCAUCCCAAUCCACAAUUAAGGUAUAUAACAGAAAGUGGACGAAUUGCGUACCAUCCAGCAUAUACACUGAACGAGGAGAUUUGUGAACGCAUUGGUCGUGUACAUGAGAAUACUAAAACUGAUUAAAGUAAAACCACCAUCUACUAGUUCUGCGAUGUAAUACUCGUAAAAUAAUUUUGUGAUAGAUAUUUGUAAUUUUGAAUAAAUAGCCAUAAAAGAUUGUUUUCACCACUGUUCAGUAUCACACGCAUCCUGAAUACACUUAGACAAUAAAUUUUCAGCCAGGAAUAUCAACACACAUAAAAUCUAUCCUAGUUACUUCUUACUAAUAAUGGUAUUACAUAGAUUGGUGAGAUCUAUCUUACUGGUGUAUUCUUUGUAGUGAACUAUCGGAACAAGUCGUACAGGCUUACUGAUAAAUGAAACCCUCCUCAAUCAUUUGUAACAUUCACCGGA